AUGGAUCACUUGCUCGCCUCCACCUCUUUUUAUAGCAGUAGUUCAGGAAAAAACACAGCACAAAACCACCAUGUUUUCUUGAGUUUUAGAGGCAUAGAUACCCGCGACAAUUUCACAGGUCAUCUUUAUAGAGCUCUGCAGCAGAAGGGAAUUCAGACUUUCAUUGACAAUGAAGAGCUGAGGAGGGGAGAAGAAAUUUCACCCUCACUUAUUAAGGCAAUUAGAGGAUCAAAGAUAUCAAUCAUCAUCUUCUCUGAAAACUAUGCAUCUUCGUCGUGGUGUUUGGAUGAACUCGUGGAGAUCCUCGAGUGUCGAGAACUACUUGGACAACUAGUUUGGCCUGUCUUUUUUUAUGUGGAUCCUUCUGAUGUAAGAAAUCACAGAGGCAGUUUUGGAGUAGCAUUAGCUCAAUAUGAAGUUCCAAUAAGAACAAGGAAAAGUUGCCUCUGUGGAAGAUUGCUUUGA